ACAGUGAGCAGUAUGUGCAGAAGAGGUGUGUGGAGGGUAUAACAGUGGGCAGUAUGUGCAGGGGAGGAGUUCGGAGGGUAUGAGAAUGGGCAGCAAGUGUAGGAGAGAUGUGUGAAGGUUAUGACAGUGGGCAGUAUGUACAGGAGAGGAGUGUGGAGGGUAUGACAGUGGGCAGUAUGUACAAGAGAGGAAUGUGGAGGGUAUGGCAGUGGGCAGUAUGUACAGGAGAGGAGUGUGGAGGGUAUAGCAGUGGCAGUAUGUACAGGAGAGGAGUGUGGAGGGUAUGGCAGUGGGCAAUAUGUACAGGAGAGGAGUGUGGAGGGUAUGGCAGUGGGCAGUAUGUGCAGGAAAGGAGUAUAGAGGGUAUGACAGUGGUUAGUAUGUACAGGAGAAGAGUG